GUGAACUCCUCCUCCAGAGUGCGCUACGGUACAGAUGAUAACGACGGUCUUCAUCGCUUAUUUUAUCCAUUCACGGAGCAGUUUAUGAAGAUCAGGUGCCGAGCUUACCAUGGACGAGGACGCCCACCUGUGCCUGCGGUGCCGCGCCACGAUCGUCGGUCUCGAUAACUACGUGGCGCACAGGCAGGCGGGAUGUUCCCGGAACACCGCACACGAGGGUAAAUUAGAUACGGACGCCUCUGUAGCUGAUGAGGAGGUAAAGACUUAUGCAAAACAAGACCUGCAGGAAGUAAAGGAGUCAAAGAAACUUUCAGAUAUACCAUACCCUCCUGAUACCCACUCAUUGGCCCACGGCACCGACGGGGCCACAACUCAAGAGAGCUCACGCACUGCCAUGACUCAUCGGCAAGAAAUUGUUAGUACAUCAAAAUACUCGUCCUCAGACGCUUCAAUUAGAGACUGCUAUGUCGAUCAGUCCGGUCAGACGAGCGAAGACCAGCGUCCAGUGGCAGCUAAUACAAGUUCCAUCCAUGAAUCCUAUACGGUGAUGGAAGACUUCACUAAUGCCUUGCCUCAACCACCCUCAGAGGCCUCCAUGGCCAGAAGCCAUGUAGAAAUGAAGCACAAGACUCAAGAAUCUUUGAGCCUCAGCCACAGGUCAAGCUCGUCGCAGGCGCCCUUCACAGGUUACGAAGACCCUCUGCUGCUGCACGGUCAUGAUCCUCCUAACAUCCUAAGACACUUCGACUCCUUCAGUGACCAUAAUAAAAUCCCUCACGAGGGUGAGUCUGAGUCACACAGCGAAACGAUGGCGUUAUUCAAAGUAUCAUCCUCUUCUUAUGAACUUGAGAGUCAAAAUUUUGAGUCAAGGUAUUCAGACUUUUAUUCUCUACAGCCCACACCGCAAGAACCGCUGCUAACCAAUGUUACAACACUGGACCACAGUAAAACUAAGGAACGAAUACAGGAGAACAUCAAACCUUCAAGUAACAGUGAAAGCAUGAAGUGCAAGGAAGCAACCCCAGAGGAGACUUAUGAAAAGGGCGUCCAGGAGGCAAGAGAAGAGUUUCCAGCCUCCAGUUUGAAGUUCAGUGAAUUGGGAACUUCCGAUAAUGCUUCCGAGAAAUCUGAACUUCGUCAGGAUGAUUUCCUUUCAUCUCUUGAACUCCGCAGCAGUGUGAAGGUGCCCACGAAGAGACGACACGAGGAAGAUGAUGAAUACGAUGAAGAUGAAGACGAUGAGACGAGACCUCCGCGCCACCACACAGGAGGUAAAUGGAGACCUGGAAGCCGACCACCGCCCUCUGUGGGGGGUAAGUGGAGACCAGCCACUCCAAAGACCGAACUAGAGGAGGAUGAAGAGGAGGAGAUGGAAGAGGACUAUAUGGAAGAAGAAGAGGAGUCUCUGAUGCCCCCUCCUCCUACUUACACUAAAGGGAAGUGGCUGCCUGGCAAAAAGAUGACGAACAUCAUCAAGGUGGGGAGCACCGUCGAGUACCACUGCCAGCCGUGCAGCCGCGUCCUCAAGGGCAAGGAGGCUUACGAGCGCCACUUGAAGUCUCAGCUUCACUUCGUCAAUGAGAACAAAGCGGCGGGGAAAAGGAAAGCUAAAACAUCGAAAGAGAUUUCUCCAUCAUCCAGAACCACCAGACCCGCCAGAUCCAAAAAGAUGGAAGCUAAAAACUUCCUCAGGUCGUGCAUCGCCAACCUCAAGAGCAGAAAAAUUGUUUCGCAGGACACUACAAUCGCCAAGCACGUGACUCGACCAGUCACUUGGAAAGGAGUAACUGGAUCAUUCCCAAGCAAUAAAUUAACGCCAGCAGUCACUGAAGAGGAACAACAGCAGGAUGAUGAAGAAGAAGUGGUACAUAAAAUCUCGUCAGGAACUCCGAAAAUGUUGUGUCCUAUCUGUAAAUUGUCGUUCGGGGAAGCUUAUGCUGCCCUGCACUUCGCUUCGCUGGCUCACAUUCACAACGAACUGGAAGAACGCCAGAACAAAAGUAAGGAAAUUGAUCCCAAUUUCAACAAGCUUAUUCUCCAAAACAUCUCUUCCAUUGUCAAAACCUCUCCAUUUUUCUGUGAAAGUUGCAAAUUUUACUGUAACCUUCACGAAGAUUUUCUGGCUCACAUGAACACACAUACUAACGAUCCAGAAGAUGACGAAGUGAAGACUAUGUUUACUUGCUCUGCGUGCUCCGGUGAAGAUGCAAUGCAGCUUCCAACCCUAGUACAUCACCUUCAGACGCCCCACCACAUGGACAAUGCCAGAGAUCUGGUGUUGCAGGCACAGCAGGUAAUACUGACCACCAGGAUACUCGUGGUGUGCCCGAUGGACGGUGAAACCUUCCGUUACCGGCGUCAGUACCAAAUGCACCGCAGGAUCAAACACCAAGAGCCAGGUUUCCAAGUUACAAAUAAACGACUUUUGCGUUGCUCCCAAUGCGAGUUCAAGACCCUGCGGAAGCAACAAAUCCGUGCCCACAUCAAGAAAACUCAUGAAAUUUCUCACGGUUCAAAAGAUUCUUAUCAUUGUUUCAUCUGCGGUCUCUCUUUCACGACGCAGCGGAAGGCUGAACUGCACCGAAGGUCCGCCGAGCACCGCACAACACUGUGGCGGCAACGCGGCUGCUCGGUCACCAGGACCUGUAGCCUCUGCUAUGAGGAAGUUGAUGACCUGCCCGCCCUGCGGCGACACAUGUCCCAAGUACAUCAAAAAGACUGCACACCCUGCCACCUGUGCGGCGCCAUUCCUCCACUCCGCUCAGACCUCGCCAAGCACCAGCGUGUGUGCACUGGCUCUCCCGGCGACAUGGAGGGGCAGCACAAGUGUGACCUUUGCUCCUUCAGAAAUGACCUUCUUGCCCAUGUGCUCGCUCACAAGACAGUCGCUCACAGUGAACGUCAGGCUGACGGCCGCUACGCCUGCCAUAUAUGUAAGACCAAGCUGCAGCCUUCGUCCGUGAAGGGCCACAUGUUGAGCCACAGCAACGAGUGGCCGCACUCUUGCCACAUAUGCUCCCGCAAGUUUUCUCAGAAGGACUGGCUUGAGAAACAUCUCUCGGCUGUUCAUACCUGCGGUGCCCACGUGCACUCCGCCCACAGCCCCGCCCUCUGCGACAGCUGCGGCAAGACCUUUUCCAACAGGUGGCACCUGUACCGGCACCAGCUGGAGGCCCACGCCCACGCCUCACCCUCACUGCUCGCGAAGAAGGAUCCCGAAGCUCCAGACUCCCCACGCCCAGCAUCAAAGAGCGACUGCCGCCCACCCUCCCAGCGUGUGCUCAAGACCAAGGAGCCUCCGUCUCGGCCCUACCUGUGUGACGUGUGCGGCGUGCAGUGCCAGACACUCACCAGCCUCAAGACGCACCGGCAGUGCCACAAGCGGGGAGAGGGGGACAAGUACGAGUGUCCCCACUGCAACUACGCCACCGGCCACCUUCCCCACCUGCGGCGCCACCUUCGCCUCCACACCGGCGCCACCCCUUAUUCCUGCCCCUACUGCAGCUACGCCUGCAACAACCAGGAGAACCUUCGCAAGCACAUGCUGAAGACCAAGCGUCACCCCGGCAGGUUCAUGUACGAGUGUCUGCUGUGCAAGUCGCCUCAGGACAAGCCCGGCAAGCAGUCUGCCGCCGGGAGCAGCCAGCCGCUGAAGACUGAACUCACCGAGCAUCACACCACAGACGCCUCAGCUGUCCGUCCCCUGAAGCCGGCAUCCUCCUCUUCUAAAUCCCGCGACCCUGAGGGAUCCGUCUCACGCCAACUAAAGUCUGAAUCCUCCUCCUCCUCCUCCUCCUCCUCCUCCUCCUCCUCCUCCUCCUCCUCCUCCUCACAGCCAAGAGAGCCUCAGUAUCCCCAAACCCAGAGCUGUGAGACUUCCAACCUCGGUGAUGUCGACGGCUGCCAUCCUAUGGGUUGGCAGCCGUCCUGCAGGAUGGCGGUGUCCCCGAAUCCAGACUCAUCGGAUCAGAAGCCCCAAGGUCCCCACAUCUUUUGCAGUAACUACGCCUCGCAGUUUCAGAUUCAUCUCCUCGAGAAGCACAAAGACGCCUUUAAGACAAAGGAAGAGGUGACCUCGCACAUCCGCAGUUAUUACCACGCAGAGCAGGACACCACCGUCACCAGCGACCCUCUCCCCUUCCUCCAUAGAAAGAGAAACAGCGAGCCAAAGACAACAAGACCUUCGGGUACGGCUUCAGCAUCGUACAGCUCCCGCGUAGCCCAGGCCAGGCGCCGUCAAGAACACUCCGCCCUCCAAGGUGACAAGGACGACCCCGACGAUCCCGCUAGUGAGGGCACCGAGGAGGCUAGCGAGGACGUCCUUACGCAGAUCAGGCGAUCCCUCGACAUUGAUGAGUUUGGAUGCGACAACAAGGCAGCAAGUGAUGCUCAGGCUAAGGAGAUGGAGACCAGGCAGAGCGAGGAAGACGAGGACAGAGAAAAGGAGACAGGGAAGAGAGACGAGGACCUUCACCAAGAUGAAAAGUCACCUGAGCCAAACCCUUCCUUAAUCGAGGAUGAUGCCCGAGAGGACGGCGCCCUCAAAGCCACAGGUUCGUCUCCCCGAAGGCCACCGCCCUCCUUACGUGCCCCAAGCCGCCCCGCCAUCCUGAGGUCCAGCACGCCGCAGGGAGAGGCCGCGCAGCCCUUGAGGAUUAUGAUCCAGCAGCUGGCCGGGGACACCACGGUUGAGGUGGAUGACGAUGGAACUCAGCAAGUCAUCAUCAUCCUGCCAGACAAGCUCGGGGAGCAGCCUGGAGACGUGGCCGCCUUGCUGCCCAGCCUGGGCAUCGCUUCCUCGCCCAAUAGCUGCGGCCCACUCAGCAUCGUGCAAGAUAACGACAUCGCCCAACAGCCCCUGGCCACCAAGGACGCUGGUGACAGCGCCGUCAUCGUGCAAACGGAUCAGGUAAUCGCCCUGGACACUCAGGUGGUAUCAGAUGCAACUAUUGUGUCCGGCGAGACUAAUGUUGUGGGUCAGCAUCACACUCCCGUGGUGCUGUGCUCCCAGCAGCAGUCUCAACAGCGACACCACAAGCAGGUCCUUCACUCGGCUCAGGUCUUCAAUCCUCUGCAGGUGGUCGCAGAGGCCGCUGAAGUCCUGACGCAGAAUGAGCUUGUUACUCGUGAAAGUCAUCAGAUCCUGACGGCGCCGCACCAGGUUCUGGCCCACACCUCGGGUAGCCAGGACGUGCUGGCCGAGGCGCCCGCUGCGAGAGCCACUCAGAUAAUAGACGCGGCAAUGUUCGGCGGCGCGAGUGUGCAGCACUCAGAGGUGGUCCACGCGACGGAGGCACAGACGGUGCUGCAGCCCGACGCCACGCUGAGCUUCGUGGACGAGCAAGUGCCGCCAGGGGACCAAGCCAAGCCAGACGAUGGCAAAAUCAUCUAUUCCUUCACCCUUCAGUAGCUAUGCGAAGAACACUAAGCAAGCAAAUAAAGAAUGCAAAAUCAAUAGCAGUCUUCAUGCUUUGAAUAUCCUCAUAUCUCACGUCAGACAUACCAAGUGCGCCUGGAAGUGUGACGCUCCCUCCCCCCUCCACCAGGCAACAUCUUACGGCUUAACUAUGACAAAUGUAUCCAAGAUGUCAAGAAAAUCAUCUCCAUAUAAUAAA